AUGCCGACACUUGCUCUGACAAACUUCAAUAUUGUCACGGCGACCUUGGGUGGCUUCAUCACCGUCUUCGCUCUCGUCAGCUACUUGCUGAAAGAACGGUUCUAUCUGUCAGAAGCAUUAAUCUCUUUGGUGGCGGGUGUCAUAUUAGGGCCCGACGCAACCAACCUCAUCAGGCCGGACCAAUAUUCACUUCACUCGGAAGAAAAUCUCGAUUACAUUAACCUGUACUUCACCCGCCUUGUCUUGGGCGUCCAGCUUGUGCUUGCCGGCGUGCAGCUGCCAGACAGGUACCUUCGGACGGAAUGGAGGUCUCUAGCACUCCUCCUCGGCCCGGGGAUGUGCGGCAUGUGGUUGUGCGCCAGUUUGCUGGUGUGGGCAUUUGUUCCUCACCUGAAUUUCCUCCACGCACUAGCGAUCGGGGCGUGUGUGACCCCGACAGAUCCGGUCUUGUCCAACUCGAUUGUCAAGGGCAAAUUUGCGGACAAGAACAUCCCCAAGCCGUUACAGAAGAUCAUCAUCGCGGAAUCAGGUGCGAACGAUGGUCUGGGCUACCCGUUCCUGUUCCUCGCCCUGUACCUGAUCAAGUACGUCCAGCACGGAGGGGCGGGCCAGCCCGGUGGUGCGUCAAAGGCCAUGGGCUAUUGGUUCGGCGAGACAUGGGGAUAUACCAUCCUGCUGAGUGUCGUCUACGGUGCUGUGGUGGGUUGGCUUGCGAAAGAACUCCUCCAUUUCGCCGAAGAAAGGAAGUUCAUCGAUCGAGAGAGCUUCCUCGUCUUUGCCAUAACGCUGGCUCUGUUCAUCACAGGCACGUGCGGUAUGGUUGGCUCUGAUGACGUGUUGGCGUGCUUUAUUGCCGGAAACGCCUUCACCUGGGAUGACUGGUUCCGCCGCGAAACCGAAGACGACUCUCUGCAGCCCACCAUCGACAUGCUGCUCAACAUAUCCGUCUUUCUCUGGUUCGGGGCCGUGUGCCCCUGGGUGUCCUUCCGGGACAACGAUGUCAUUCCCAUCUGGCGGUUGAUCCUGCUGGGAAUAACCAUCCUCCUUUUCCGGCGGCUGCCCGUUGUUUUCGCAAUGCACAAGAAGAUACGCCAGAUCGAACAGUUUCAGCAAGCUUUGUUCGUGGGCUUCUUCGGUCCGAUUGGGGUUUCGGCGAUUUUCUAUCUCUACAUCAGCAUCGAUUUCCUGCAUCACGUCACGGUGGACGGCGUCGUGAGGGAAGAUGCAGCACGGCUCGAGGAGAUCAUGAGGGUGGUGAUUUGGUUUCUGGCCAUCUGCAGCAUCGUCGUCCACGGUCUCUCCAUCCCUCUGGGCAAGCUUGGAUAUCACCUUCCAAGAACCAUGUCUCAAGCGCUGAGCACUGAGGCCAGCGAAGAUGAACCAGACCUGCAUAUAGGACCGAGACAUCCGCACAGCUCCACCAGUCAAUUACGGCCGAGGAAGACCAGCCGCCGCGGGAGAGACCGGGACCGCCAACCAAGCGCCGGUGUGUUCAUGAUCGGGCAGGGACAGUCCACAAGGACGACAGCGAUGGACCUGGAAAGUCAGCUGGAGCCCAGCAGGCCCGUCAACAUCAUCGAAGAUACGCCGGAAGGAGGUUCGCCAGCGCCGAUGACGCCGAUGGACAGCCAAGCAGGUACUGAACUGAGCAAGGGAGUCUCGAGAAGACCACUAGAACUGUCAAAGGCUUCGGAGCUGGAGGCAACCAAGGUAGAUAAGGUGGCGGACAAAGGAGGAGAUGUGGUUUGA